AUGACCGGCACAUCACUUAAACCCUUGGUAGCCAUACUGGAUCCUUACCAUCCCGAUGCUACAGCUAAAUUGGAGGCCAAUAAUGAGAUCGAUUCACUUGUCGUGUCCAAGUCGAAUCGACAAGAGAUAUAUGACCGUGCCCAGGCGAUCAUGGUGCGCAGUGAUACCGCGAUCUCGCCAGUAGAAUUGAGCAAGUUUUCUCAACUCAAGUAUGUGGUCAAGCAAGGCGUGGGAGUCGACAAUAUCGAUCUAGAGGCAGCAAAACAAGCAGGUAUCGAAGUAUACAACACGCCCGGACUCAACGCCGAGGCUGUCGCAGAACUCGCCUUAUCAUUAGCUCUGUGCCUUGCCAGAAGGAUCACGGAAAUUGAUCGCUCGAUUCGAGAAGGCAAGGCAGUCGUUCGCAGUCAAACUCUCGGCAGAAGUCUCUUUGGCAAAACCCUCGGGGUGAUAGGCAUGGGCAACAUUGGCAUCGUGCUUGCCAAGAAGUGGAUUGGGGCGAUGGAAGGUACGGUGGUGGGCUAUGAUCCUCACUAUCAGGGGGAUUCAUGGUCUGAGAUCCUGGGUGCUCAUCGCUUCCGUCAGGUGGACCAGCUCAACAAUCUUCUACAGGUUGCAGAUGUUGUGUCACUACAUGUGCCAUUGACCGAUUCUACGAAAGGGCUCAUUGCUCGGGAUGAAUUCACACAGAUGAAACAGGAUGCAAUUCUCUUGAAUUGUGCUAGGGGUGGGAUUGUCGAUGAAGAAGCAUUGCUGGAAGCACUGGAAUCGAACAAGUUGGUUGGGGCGGGCUUGGAUGCCAUGGAGAUUGAGCCACCGACAAGGGAGGCUUAUGGAAGUUUGCUGAAGCAUCCAAAUGUGAUCAUCACACCUCACAUCGGCGCAUCGACAAGGGAGAUACAAUCACUUAGCGGAGUAUUUGUCGCAGAUCUUGUUGUCGACUUGGUUAUGGGAAGAAGAGGAGGGAAUCGGGUGGCAUAG